GCCUAGUGAGACAAGCUAUCUGGGAAGCUUUUGUUCCCUGAGGCCAGAGCUUGUGUCUUCUGUGUGUAGUUCCAGAAAGCCCUGUGGUGUCAUCAGAGAGUCAUUGUGACAUGUGUGACAUCAACCCCUUUUGAGUUGUGCGGCAGCCCUGAAGAGCCAGAAUGCCUGCCCUCCUCCAAAGAGGACAGACACUGGCAGGUGAGGGGAACGAUGGACCCCCAUCCUGUUGGCUGCCUUCUGAGAGCAUAGAGAGGAUUUCCUGUGCAGUAAUAGCAGCAGGACCUGGUCCCAGUCUGCCACAUUCCCAGGCUUCAGCUGCUGCUGCUGAGAGGCCAAAAACUGCUUUUACACCUUCACAAUUCCUGCGUGCACAUGUACGAGAGUGUCAGAUGGCGUUGCAGAAGGGCUUGGCAGAAGGUGGCACCUCUUCCUCUACUGCCAGUGACAACCAAGUGCUCCUGGCUGAGCCUCCACAUAAGUCAGAGGACCAAAUGUGCCCAAUCUGCUUGGACAUCAUCAACAACCAAGUCUCAGUGAGCUGGUGCAACCAUGCUUUCUGCUUUCCUUGCAUACUGGAGUGGUCACGCAAUAGACCUGUUUGUCCAAUCUGCCGGGAGCCUUUCCAAUACCUCCUCCGCAAAGUGGGAGACAAUAACUAUGAGGUGUACUCUAUAGGACACUACACCAGCUCCAUCAGACAUAAUCCUGGAAGAAGAGAUCGUCGCCACUCUGCAGAUGGGAGGCGGCAUCAUUCCACAGGCCACGGGCACCGCCGAUCUUCCAGCAGAGAGCACGGCAAUAGCCGUGCCAGAGACUGGGAAAGGGACCGAAGCAGAUCCCGGAGGCAGAGCCACGAUGGCCAUAGCAGGGGUCAGCAGGCCCGGAGUUUUGACCCCUCAAGCAGCAGGAGACGGCCGCACAGCAGGGCUCGGGACACGGCUUCUGAAACAUCUCGUGGUUGGAACCAAGUUGCAAGGCAUGAACGGGAUGUCCUAGUCCCCUUGGGGUGGAGUGAGCACCAUCAGCGGGCACCAUGGGAUCCCUCCAGGGAAUUCUGGGCAACAAGCAGACGAUUUCAUUGAUUCCAGUGGACAUCCCACACCUCUGAGUGAUUCAGGGACAGGUAGCACACCCUACUGAGAAAGGUACUACUGUAUGUCCUGCUACUAGUGUCACAAAUUAUACUACUUUAUACCAAAAAUGAUCCUACUAACAAUUCCAAAAAUAAAGUUAAU